AUGAAGUACCUUGCCGCUUAUGCUCUUGUUGGCCUCUCAGGGGGGACCCCCUCAAAGUCUGCAGUUGAGGCCGUAUUGAAGGCUGCCGGCGUUCCUGUCGAUCCUUCUCGCGUGGAUGCACUUUUUGCCGAGUUUGCAGGCAAGGACCUUGAUACGGUAUGCACUGAAGGCAAAUCGAAGCUUGUAGGAGGGGUUACACGUCCCAAUGCUGCCACCGCUUCUGCACCCACUGCCGCUGCCGCCGCCUCUAGUGGUGCCGCCGCGCCUGCUGCAGCUGCGGAAGAGGAGGAGGACGAUGACAUGGGAUUUGGUCUUUUUGACUAA